AUGAAUCCCUCUGGACCCUUGAUGCUAAACUCCUCGAUAGAAUUACAAAAAAGAGCACACACCACGCUCAAGAAUCGUUUACACAUUUCUAUCGUUGAUAGCGAUACUGAUAGCACAGAAUAUGACUCUGAGUCUGAAUCAGAAGCACUAUUAAAAGAUGUCACGACUGUGGAAGAGAAAUCUUCCUUUAGACAGUUUGCUAGAAAAUAUGAACUUUCCAGAAAGGGGUUCCAUUCCUUUACGGGCUUAUUCACCGUAUGGCUUUACGUUAAUGGAAUUAACCAACGUCAAUUAGUUGUUCCUUUAGUCAUAAUGGCAGGGCUUUGCUUUGCUCAGGAUUUUAUUAGAUUCCGCAACCCUGCAUUUAACAAGCAAUUUAUUAAAUAUUACGGGUUUAUGAUGAGAGAGAGUGAACACGAUAGGUAUAAUGGAAUUUUAUUCUUCCUCUUGGGAUUAAUUCUUACCUCAAGCUUUUUGCCAAAGGAUUUGGCAGUUAUGUGCAACUUCUUGCUCAGCUGGGCCGAUACUUCUGCACUGUUCGUUGGUAGAUUGUACGGGAAGUAUACACCCAAAAUUAGCGCGAACAAGUCCCUCGCCGGGUGUGCAGCAAGUUUCGCAACCGGUGUUUUCUCGUGCUAUCUCUUGUACGGAGCAUUGGUUCCAAGAUAUACUGACAAAGUUGAUCUUCCUGGCGAUAUAUUGUACCAGAGAGACUCGUCCAAGUUGGAUUUGCAUUUGUAUGCUGUUUUGUGCGGGCUUAUUGCAAGUAUUUCCGAGUGUAUAGAGGUAGGAAUUGAUGACAAUUUCACGAUCCCGGUUUUCAGUGGGAUAUUUUUAUUUGGAUUGGUUAAGGUGAUGCAAUAG